AUGGUGGAUAAAGAAGUAAACCUGAUUAAACCAAUCGUGGACUCGUUGGUGAACUUGUCGAGCGAGGACGAAUCGCGGACGAUACGAACGAAAUCUUUUUUACGUUCCUGUCGCUUGUUUCUUCCCGUGUUGGACGCGUUAGGGGUGGCGUUUAAACCGGCAAAAUCGGACGUCAGCGGGAACGUGGAAAGGCUGGCGAAGAAGGAAGAGGAGUUUGAGAACUUGUUCGAUAUCCUCCUGGACGAGAAGAAAUCGAACGCGUUCGCCGCGAACACGAGCUGCUCCAAAGGUCUUCUUUGGCUCAAGCGAUUCUUAGAGUUUGUGGUCGUCCUCGUCUCUAAACUCGCGGAGAACCGCGAGACGGAAACGAAAGAGGCGGCUUCGAUAGCGUACGCGGAAAAGUUGAAGCCGUUUCACGGGUGGGUGUCGUCGUCCGCGUUCUCCGUCGUGUUGCAGUUUCCUCCGGCGAGGAAAGGGUUUGUGGAGAAUUUAGGCGGAGAGACUGUGUUAGAAACGGACGGGAAAGAGUUAGUGGAGAAGUUCGGGCCGGUGUUGAAACGUAUCGACGACUUUCUAACCAAAGAGGAUUUGAACGAUCCGUCCAAGGUAUAA